AUGGAGGUGGAAGAAAAUGAGGAUGAUAAUUGUAAUUUACGAAGAUUCACUUCUUCGGUCAGAUUGGGAUGCAAAUUUAGGCUGAACAUAGAUGAGAUUCUGGGGUAUGCUACAUCAUUCCUCGGUAAUGAGGAUAGCUCUUGGAAUUGCUUUGAAGCAUAUCAUAAGGAAAGUCAGGAUGUCUCUGAUGCCCAGUGGAGAAAUUUCCGUGGGAACUUACCAAUUCUUACCUUUGUGUUUGGAAUAUUUACAUUGGUGGCCAACAUGUUGAGAACGUACUAUUGUUUAAGAGCAAAGGGGAUGUCCAUUGUUUGGCUUGUGAUUUCUUUAGCUUAUUUAUCAUAUCUACAUGGAGCUUGUAUAUUAUUUAUCCUCUCAAUUGCAGCAGCAAAUUUUCUUCUAGUAAAGGUGCGUUUUGUGGUAGUUUUGGAUAUAUUUUCUUUGUCAUAAGUGUUCUACAUACUAUUUUUGCGUCGCAAUGUUUUCUUCCUCUAGAUUAUUAUUCAUGAGCAAGAGGAAAAUGUUUCAUGUGCAUGCAUAAAGGAUAAUGAUGAGCUUGCUGCUUCUUUUUUAUGUGUUUAAAUGUCGUAUUCCAUGGUGGCUGGAGCCUGGUGCAGUUGGCAUCCUUGUUUUUAGAUGAAUUUCUUAUGUGCAACCAUGAGAUAAUACUGUCUGAUAUACAUUUAUUUGAAGAGUCAUGACACUUCUAAGCAUUGGUGUUUUAAUUGGUACUGCCUUGUUUUGGAGUCGAUACAAAAUAUUAGAAUUUUAGUCUCUAAAUAAAAUAGUACCCUGUAAACAUUUGUUGGCAUCACAUUUGGAAAUGGUGGACAAUCAGCUAGAACAACGAGUGCUGUAUCAAAGUUGUUGUGUUUGAUUGCCCUGAUGCCGUGGAUAGUUUCCGUUCAACAUAUGGUAUAGUUUGUGUUGUCUACCUAUAAUAGUCUUAUGUCAAAGACUCUAAGAGGGUGCUCUUUUCCUGUUUUUCGGCGAAGAUAAAGGUUGUUGAUCUUUUCACAGUUUCUUGAAGGAGUAGAUUUUAGUUGCUGUUUUGUCACAUCAAUUCUUGUGUCAAAAGAUGGUAGUAGAUGAGGUAGCAUGGCCUAUGUGUGAUUUCAGUCGAAAACUUCAGAAUAACUGAAAAUUCAAUAAAAUGUCAUGGUUUUGACUUUUGAGAAUGGGAAUUGAAUUCACAAAGGCCCACAAUUCAGAAUAUAUAUAUUUUUUUCUGUUUUUGAGAAUGGAUAGGACUUGGAUAGGUGCACUCAUUUACGCCUCAACUCAAUUCAGCACAACAAAGUCUUGUCCCAACAAUUUUGGAGUCGGCUACAUGAUUUCUGUUUUGCCACUUAACUCUAUCA